AAAAAUGGAUAAUUUGCCUAUUGAUAUCCACAGCAAUAAACUUUUAGGUUUAAAUUUUUUAUUUUUAAAAUUUAUUUUUUUAUUAGAUUGGUUAAUUUCUCGUCGUCAUUGUUCCAAAAAUUGGCAAUCAAAUUUUGAUGAAAUUAGACAAAAAAUAAGUAAUGCAAUUAAAGAUAUGCCUGAAAAUGAACAAAUAAUUAAAAUAUUAAAUGGAGGACAAUUUAUUAAUUAUUUUCAUUGUAAAGAAAUUUUAAAAAUUCUUUAUGAGACAGAAAAGGAUACAAAAAAUAUUUUUGGAUUUUAUUCUUCACAAAGAAUUAAGGAUUGGAAGGAAAUUAUUUCUCUUUAUGAAAAUGAAAAUGCUUAUUUGGGAGAAUCUGCCAAUUUUUUACAACGUUAUGUUCAAUAUGAGGUUCCAUCACUUCGAAAGCAAAUAACUAAAAUAGAAAGUGGAAUUAAGGAAGCUGAACGAAAGCAGAAUGACUAUUCUAAAUUAGCAAUUGAAAGUAAUCGCCUUUUUCAUCAAGAAUUGGCCAAAUGGGGUUUAAAUAAAAAUAUUAUUAAUAGUCAAAAACAACAAUUCGAAAAUUUACAUUAUAAUUUAAUGUUAAUUGCCGAGUCCCUCCCAAAAGCUGAAAUUUUAAAAAUUGAAGAAAUAAAAAAAGCUUUGGAUUAUUUUUGCUGUUUUUCUCAACAAAUUGGUCAAGAAACAAAUGAUUUAUUCCCUUUACUUCGAAUUUUAACCAAAGAUUUAAAUCGUCCUGUUAGUGAUAUUAGUGUAUAUGAAUGGAAGUAUGGAAGGAAACCUGAUGUUUUGUUGCCUCCAGCGCUUGUUGAAAUAUUACAAACUGUUGAAACAAAGGAAGAGGACGAUGAAAUAGAUUUUGGAGAUGAUGUUGAUAUUGCUGAAAUUGAUUUUUGUACAAAUGGGGAUUCUGAUGAAAGUAUACAAAUUAUAUCUUCAGAUGGAAUUGAUGUUACAAAUAUAAAUAAUGAUAAUAAUGAUUCAACAAUUGUGACAGCUAAAGGAGAAGAAGCUUUACCUAUAUUAGAACAUCCCUUAACUUGUGGAAUAUUUUUGGAUGAAAUAUCAAUUCUUACAGGAUUUUUACAUUUUCGAAUUAAAGAUGAAUGUGCAAUUGAUGGAAAUGCACAAAUUUAUUUGUCAGGAAUUGCACAAAAAGAAAUUAAUAAAUUGACGGAAUUAAUUAAUUUACCUGAAUUAAAAUGUUGGUUAUUAAAUUUACAAAAUAUAUUUAAUGAAUUGGGGGAUACACAACGAUUGCAAUUACUUAGAUUGAGAACUUCGAAAAAUUUUGUAAAUGAAAUUUGUUCAAAAAUUGAACAAAAAAUGCGUCUUGAAUUAAAAUAUCGUCAAUUACAACAAUUAUCAAUAGAAAAACAAAAACAAUAUUUUGAAGAAAGUCAAAAAGUAAAUAUUCUUUUACAAGAAAUUAUUGAAGCAGCAAAGGCUUUACAAGAAAAUUUAGAGGCAGAUAUUUCAAGUAAAUAUAAUGGGCGAGAAGUUUAUAUAAUGGGGGAAAUUAAUGCUGUACUUUAUGGAAAUUAA